ACAAGAUGCCACUCCUAAUUCACAACAUAUUGUUUCAGCUUCAGAGUGGCCAGGAAGGUGUCCAGCUCCAUCAGCUUCAGAUUUGCCAAAUAAACUGUCCAGUUCCACCAAGUUCAUUAUUUACAGCCUCUCGCUAAAGUUUUCCAAACAGCAAAUGGCAGCACAAUCCGUGGCGCACUGGGAGAGUGGGCUCUGUGAUUGCUUUGAGGACGCAAGUACUUGUUGCUAUGGUUUCUGGUGCUGCCCAUGCCUUGCCUGCACGGUUUCAGGAAAGUUUGGAGAGAAUCGUUGUCUCCCAUUAUGUGACAUCUGCUGCAGCAUGACCUUCGGAGCAGGCACUGGGUUAACUCUGGUUGUGCCUCCUGCAGUCCUGGCUCUAAGGGUUGCCAUGCGAAACAGAUAUGGUAUCAAGGGAUCUGUCUGUAAGGACAUUGCCGUUUCCUGUUUCUGCUCCUGGUGCUCCUGGUGUCAGAUGCAUCGUGAGAUAAAGCAUCGCACUCAAAAUUUUACUAUUAUCACUGUGCAGGAACCACACGUAAUGCAAAUGCAGCCUACUCCAGUAAUGAUGGCUCCUCAGCAGCCAGCCCCAGCUGGUUUUGUGAGCUGUCCAGCAGUGAUUACUCAGUCCUACUGAGCUUUGUGGCCUUUCCCUGGUUGGUUGUGUCUUGAGAAGGACACCUCAUUCAGCUUAGAUCAUGCUGUCGUUUGUUAAACCAAGAUCCUACAUGUAAUUUACCAUUGAAGAUUAAAGAUAAUUUUGAAUUGUG